GAUCGGGAAACGAUGUCGCCGUCUUUGUUGUGCGCGCCGCCGUCGCCGCCGCCGCCGCCGUCGCCGCCGACCAUCGCCGCCUCCAACUGCGGGCCCGCAGUCGGUGCGUUGGCCGUUUCCACCGUUUGUCGCGUCUCCGCGACUUAGGUCAUCUCCAUCCGCGUGAAUCGCCCGCGGGGGGGACUGUUUGUGCUGCUGCGCCUGAUUGCAAGCGGCGGCGGUUCGACCGCCGCCGCCACUGUCGCUGCCGCGCGCGGCGUCCGUCCGUCGCACGUGCACGCGUCCACGAGUCCAUCGGCGAGUACAUCGCCGUGCGCGGAUACAUCCGUGGGUAGUAUCGAUUUGCGUUUGAGAAACGCAGGAGGGAACGCACGAAACAAAGGGAAGGAAAGGAAGGUACUCCUCGCACGUACACGCUCCGCGUGCGACCCGCCGUGCGCGGCGUCGCGCGGCGUCGCGUCGCGUCGCGUCGCGUCGCGUUUCGUUGCGACGCGCGACGUCUCGGCGACACGCAAUAAUUUCACAUUCGCGCCCGUCGUCGGCAGUAGUAGGCGAGAGACGGAGGAGAAGGAGAGGAGAUCGGAGUAGGAGUAUAGAGACAACGGCGGCGGCGGCGGUGGCGGCGUCACCACACGCGCGGCGUAUACCGAGAGAUCUAACGUGUUACUCCCGUGUGUUGUAACGACGAGCGUCGACGCCGCGUCACGCGGCGGUGUGGGGCCGCGCGAUAACGCACACACGAGAGAGGGACGCACAGCGGCGGCCGGCGACGCCGUAACACGCAGCAACGUCACGUCCCCGAUGGUGAAGCUGCGCAAAGUGCUGCCCAACGACAACGGCGGCAUUGGCGGCAGUUCCUCGCGGCAGCGGUUGUUCCUCGCUGCGGCAGCAGAUUGCCUCGCUACUUCCGGCUAUGCGUCGCGCAAGCUUCGAUAUCGAAGGAAGCUUACACGUGCAAAAGUGCUGAGGAUGCUGACGCCGAGGAGAACGGAGGUGGGCCCCGAAGAAAUCGGGGACGGACCCGGUGACAAGGGUACGAGCAGCUCGACGAGCGGCUCGGUCACACCAGGCGGUUCCUACGAGAACGGCGACAACUCGAAGGAGUUUCUGUCGACCGGAAGGACCGGCAGAAGGAAUGCGUUACCGAACAUCCUUGGCCGACACGCCGAGACUGGCCUUUCCGAUCUAUCCGAUCGUUUCGAGGAACUGUCCACUCACACAGAUCAUUCUACCAAAAGCGGGCAGGAUCCGAAUAUACCGAGCACCUCGAAACAGCACGGCUGACAUGCCCGUGAGGCUUCGUAGCGGAUCUUGCUGUCGCGACACACUGGGCCUUCCCAUCACCGAUGACGAUGACGACGAGAGUGCAAUAGAAGCAUAUAUCGUUUCUGUGAACAAAAUCCUCGAACACUUUUUGGCUCACGUUACUAACGCGAUAGAAUGUAUCGAUGGUACAACUGACACGUAUAAACGACUUGAAUACGACGUUUUGUUAUGUCUGAUAGGGAAUGUUAGAAUAAUAGUACGAGAAAUUGACAGAGUUUGGACUCAAAGCAAACCGAGGGGGGUUCAUGAAGGUAUCAAUUCAAGAAAUCCUAAAAUUGUAAAUUGUAAGAUUUGCUCUCAACUUUGUAGGCAUUAUCUUACAAAUUAUGAAUUUAACUUGUUUGUAUGUACAAUGAAUUUUUCGAAUAGCACUCAAAGGGAAUCAAUGACUUUUUGCCGUUAAGGUAAGAUUGACUCGCUACUCAAAUAAAAAAUACCAACAGAAUUAGUUUUGUCAGAUAAAAAAAGUCCAAUAGCUUACGUGAAACGUUAUAGUGCACGUAUAUACUUUGACUCAUUAUCGUUGGAACGA